GUAAGAGCGAUAAGCGCGAGCGUGUGGGACUCGACGACGUCCGUCCACGGACGCUUACGCAGUGCACCUUCGACCGUUACCGUAAUGCGAACGAAUUGGCAAAAUCUCGUUAAUCGCGAAGUCUCGACGAGAAAUCGAGUAGACGUCCGCGAUACGAGUCGCGUGUAUGUGCGCGUGUGUGUGUGUGUGUGUGUGUGAGUGAGUGUGUCGUUCGACUUUCGCACGUUUCGACCGUGAACCAUCGCGGAGUUCCGUCCGAUAGAUAAUCGAUUCCGAUAAUUGCGCGACGCAAUAGCUCAAGCAUGACCGUACGACGACGGUGCAUAUUGUUUGCAGAAGCGCAGGUUUCAGUUGGUAAUGAUCAGCAUACGGUGCGUGUGGAUACGGACGAUGAUGACCAUUUGGAUAGAGUGCGGCGCGGUGGGAGAAUGCAUAGGGAAUGCGCAUAGAACGCAUCCGCAUAACCGGAUAUGAACGUAUUAAUUAUUGAAGACGGGACAGACGAGACCGACCGCGCCGGCAGAUAUAAAAACACCGCGGAACAAACGGCCGCGAAACUCGUGGAUUAUUUUGGGGCUGCAAUUACAUUUUUUAUACGGCAAUCCGAUGUUGCGUCUGCCUGGUCUGCAACAGAGUCGUGCUGCCGCCACAAAGCGCAUCUACUAUUCGGAUCGAAUUAAUAUUGCCUGUUUUACUUUGAAUAUAACGCAUGUCAAAGUAAAAACAAAAACGCUUUGUUGUCAAAGAACUAGUGAAAUAAAAUAUCGCCCGCUGGAAAAUAUCGUAAUUUCAGAUAACGGCGAUUAUUGUUCCGAAAUCGUGCAGGACGUGUUAUUACAUUUUGCUUCAAUAGACUCUUCGAGCUUUUUUGAAUUUUUGAAUACGCAUUUGUAACCCUUGAAACUCGUUAAAAUUGUGCUACUUUCGCAACAAUAUUGCAAUGCAAUUUAUGAAUUUAAUUGUGCACCGUAAUGAAAAACUGGAUCUCUUUUAAGAACCGUAAAUCGUUUUAAUACGGCGUGACCAUACCGCGUUCAUCAGUGUGAAUAUACGAUGAUAAAUCUCAAAAUAUAUAUCCAUGUAACUUGUAGUCUGCACCUUUAACAUGUUCCACGUGUGAUAACAAUUAAUUUUUCGAGAAUUUUCGAAGCGAUUUAAGCGAAUGAGAGAAAUAUAUAGGCAAUGCGAAUAAAUAACAUUAACAAAUGCAAAGCGGCGUUAACAAAUAGGCGGAUUUAUAAACGGUAGCGUUUGGCUCAUCGCCAAGCUACUUAAAAUUUCAACAAUACGUAACGCCUCGAAAAUCAAUACAGACGAUUCAUAACUUUGCACGAAACGUGCAUCUUAAUUCUAGCUCCUGUAACUCUCGGCAACAAGAUUAAAAUGAGCUUAAAUUUAUAAAGACGUUAAUAUGAAAUUUCAUCGUAACGAUGUAAACACUUUAGAUACUCUUAGCCAGCUUUCCAACAUUAUACACUUAUUAUUAUUAAUACAUAUAUUAUUAUUGUUAUUCUUUUUGGGGUGAGAACAUAACUUUUGUUAUUUUAAAUUGCACAUCGUAUUAAAAAUUCGUGUUAAAUGAAUUUAGACAAAUGUAUUUUUAAUGAAAUAGCGAAAUAAUAAUUUUACAAAAUAGCAUGAUAAUAUCACACUUCUGCGUUUCCAUGAAUAACUUUAAAAAGACUCAAUUAUAUGAAAAAUCUAAUCUUACAUAAUCACAUUUGGAAACUACUUUAUUUAUAAUAAUAUCACAAAACAUAUUUCGUGUGAUGUUAGUAUAUCCGAACCAUUUACAAGUAGUAUCGAAUAUUACUUUUUAAUAUAUACACGACAUCUUUAUAAAUAUUUGAUAAGUCAGUUUAUUCAACGGUAAACUAGCCGCGAAAUUGACCGACUAAAACGACCCAUUUUCGUCUAUUGUUACGUGGAACACGUAUUAAGUUUCCGGGAAGCACGACGGCAUGAUAAUACAUAUCGCUCUGGUGAAGUAGUUAUUUCUAUUGCUCCAAUAUCAGAAAGUCAGUGCGCGACAAUACGGCAAUUGCGAUUGUCAUUAAAAAUCUCAGUCAAAAACACCAGGUAUCUAAAGUUUAUUAAACACGACCGUUCUUUGGCGCCACAUAGAAAUUCAAUUUUGUCCCUGCGAAGCUUCGCGUAGGAUUACGAGAUCGCGAGGCUUCUACUAUUCGGAGUGCAAUCGAGUUCCAACUACGUAAACGGCACACGAGCACAUUUUUAUCUAGCCGCGACCGCAGCGUGCAAUCAGAGAAGCGCCCGUUGACUCGUGACGCUUCCGGUUCAGGCUUCCGGUCCACGGAACCGCACCGUUUCCGUUCGGCUGCCCAGCCCACCGAUCCCGACCGCCGGCCGUCGUGGUAUAUCGACGCUCCACGUUCGAGGAGCGGUAUCGAGAUCAGUGCUAACGCUUCGUCACGAGAAUGCAAGGACGGAAUACUUGCGCGCUCCCGGAUAAUUAGUUCCAAGUGGUAUUCGCCGUGGUUGCGGAGAAUCGAAUUGCCGUGCAUGUGAUCCGCGAGUAAUGUCGGUUAUUUAACCUACCGUCCGAGUUGACAUGCAGGAUUAACGACCUUCGUUUAUUGUCUUGAAUGAUGUGCUAAUCAGUGUUUCGAUAUAGCAACUUUAUGUGCGAGAAGAAAAUUGCAACUUGUCGGCUAAUUUCGAGCGUGUUUGAGUUCGAAGGAAUCGAGAAGAAUGGGCGUUGAUGGUGAAUUUAACAUUAACAUAAUAAUUAAUGUUACGUCGUCGCAGUAUACCUAAGCUCAUUGAAUUCCCAUAUUUUUUGUUCUAUCCUUUUUUAAUUUCCAAUAUAUAUUUAUGAAAAAAGGCUAGGGUCGUUUACAAUUUAUAUUCAACGCUCGGAAGUUAUAUCUUCCCCGAGCUUUACAGCAAGAUACUACGCAUUAUCCUUAACGAGAAUGUGAAAUUCAUGUUGCGGGAUGAUAACAAAUGAGGUGUGCAUCGCGUCAACGCUCGCAGCCGCAGCAGGAAUUUAUUGUGGGGACGAAUUCAAAAUUAAGGAUCGCAAUGAUCCAGUGCAAUGUUCCGUAAUCCCGUCGGAGGUCCAGCCGGAUAAUUGCAGCCGAUCGUCGUUGAGUGAGAGAACUGGUAAUCGGCGCGCCAGGUAGAUGCGGCUGUAUCUGCGGCCGUGAUACGCGAAAAUGGCGGUUGCGCCCGGUAAGAAUAAAUUGAAAAUGGGCAGUGCGGGCCGAUACUACGGUGCUUAUCUCAUCUACGACGUGGCAAACUCAUGCCUCGCCGCCUUGCACGCCAAGAUGCCUCCUCCGGUCGUCACGCGAACCAACCCUCCGUCUCCUGUGCACGUCCAGAACCCCCAACAUUAUCACAUAUUUGUUGGGGACCUGAGCCCGGAGAUCGAGACACAUACCUUAAGGGAAGCGUUCUCAGCCUUCGGAGAGAUCUCAGAUUGCAGAGUCGUCAGAGAUCCCCAAACUUUAAAAUCCAAAGGAUAUGGAUUUGUUUCGUUCGUCAAAAAAGCGGAAGCAGAGAGUGCGAUCGGCAACAUGAACGGCCAAUGGCUCGGUGGCAGAAGUAUCAGAACAAAUUGGGCCACCCGCAAACCUCCCGCACCUAAAUCCGAAGCAAAUGCGAAGCCCUUGACGUUCGAUGAAGUUUACAAUCAAAGUAGUCCGACCAACUGCACGGUAUACUGCGGAGGUUUGACCAAUGGUUUAACAGAAGAACUCAUGCAGAAAACUUUCUCGCCCUUCGGAUCCAUCCAAGAAAUUCGAGUGUUUAAGGACAAAGGCUACGCUUUUAUCAGGUUUUCUACCAAGGAGUCGGCCACGCACGCCAUCGUAGCGGUACACAACACAGACAUCAACGGCCAAACGGUGAAGUGCAGUUGGGGCAAGGAGAGUGGAGAUCCUAAUAAUGCUCAACAAACUGGACAGGCGUUAUCGUCGGCGACGUACCCAUACUACGCGGCGGCGGCAGCUGCCGCCGCGGCGGCGGCGGGCGUCGCGGGUGUCGGAGGCGUCGGUGGCGUCGGCGGUGCUGGACAACUUGCAGGAUACUGGUAUCCGCCCCAAUCUUAUCCUACGACAGCGACACAAAUGCAAGCCGGUGGCUUUCUUCAAGGCAUGCAAGGAUACACCUAUGGACAGUUCGCCGGAUAUCAACAGGCGCAAUAUAUGGGCAUGGGAAUGGGUGCUGUCCAUGCCGCUGGCACAGCGGCAGGAUGGGGUCAGGGAUUACCUGGGGGACCACAGUUACCACCACACCACGCCACGACGGUCACGGCACCCCCAGGGGUGCAAGCCGCACCCCCGCCACCACCGCCACCGGCACAAAUGAUGGCCUACCCGAUGCAACAGUUCCAGGCACAGUGAUCGCUACCACUAUCAUCGCACGGCCUGGCUUAUCCUUUCUUUCGAAUAUCAAUUAGCAUCAGGAUAACUGCAUCUACAACCUGGCUCAACCUCGCAUUCAGCCUGAAAUUACUCGUUGCAGCUUGUUUUUAUACAAAAGGAUAAUAUUUUCGACGGAACAAAAAGGAAUGGAAGAAAACAAUGUAAGAAACGAAAGCAAAAUAAAAAAAAAGUGAAAUUCGUGUAUAUUUUGUUAUUGGUACAAUUUAUGGUAUUCGAUUGUAGAUUUUGUAGUAAUUUAAACUUGAUUUUUUAUCUGAUGACGACUGAGAAAUUUGCAGUGAUUAGGUCAAGAAAACUCAUUAAGUCUAAUCUUACUUCGCCGUCGCCGAUGCGCUCUGAAUUAUAAUACAAGUAAUUUACACUACUUGUAUAUUAUCUAAUUAUUAUGCAUUCUUUACGUCGUUACCACUGCGCCACAUGGUGGAGGUUGAGUCAUGGUGAAGGUAGAUUCAGGUCGAUUAGAAUUCAUGUAGUUAUAGGAGAAUGUGAGGAAUUGUAAACGGAAAAGCAAGAAUGAAGAAUGAAGCAAAAGCGAGAAAGAGAGAGAGAAAGCGAGAAAGAGAGAGAGAGAAUGAAUGAGAGAAAGAAAGCAAAAGUUAGAGAGUACAAGCGAGCGCGAAGACGAGUGAAAGAGAGGGAGAGAGAGGACUAUUGUCGAGCAUAUUUCUAUUACUUUCUUGAAAUUCGGACCAAGAUUUAACCAGCGUUUGUGUGUUCAAAUGGUAAAGUGUGUUCUUGGUUGCGGUCCAGCUAGCGGAUGAGGACUGGCUGACGCCUAGCCUUCUAGUGUGAUGGUAAGCAAGUACACCCCACCAACAGGAACAACUUCUACAGCAACAACAGUUACCACCACCAUCACCACCAUCAUUUCCUCCUCCACUACUACCACCACCUCCAACAACAACAACAACAACAACAACAAUAACAACAACAUUUCCGUCAUCAUCGAUGCACAAUCGACCGCGACAGCAAAAGCAGUAGAGCUCAUGCCACUUCCGGCUUGACGACGCGCGAGUCGAAAGGCAGUUACCACGAAAAGCAGAUAACACUUGUUUAAUACGAAGAAACAAAGUGAGAAAAUAAAAAAAAAUAGCGAUUAAGAAUCAUAAUCCUAUAGGUAAUUUUUGCGCAAGAUAUGCAUCCACAACACAUCCCCAUUUCCCCCCGUAAGUUUUCACGUCCAGUGUAAGAGAAAAAGAACCGCUACCGAUUACUAAGCGGAGAUACCUCUCGUCCAGUCUGUAGGAUAAUCUAGCAUCUUGCUCGGCUUGAAGAAAUAGAUAGCGUUUGCCGUUACAGUAGUAGUGUCCGAAGCUUCAAAUACAAAACACGAAAUCCGGCAUACACGUGAAUAAGUCAUUCGUGACGGGUCUGACAGUGUGUUUUUUUAGCGAAACUGGCCAAUUACGCAUACACACAUGUAUCGUCCAGUGAUAAUGAGUACAUGAGAAAUACGAGUCCGCAUAAGUUUAACGGGGAUCGUGGUUUAUCACCAUUUUAACAAAGCGCAUAAAUUUUUUGAUCCUCUCUAUGAAAAAGGAAAAAAAAACGAAGAGUGCCGACAGACCGCCGGAUACAGACUCGUUACACGGAUUCAUUAUUUUUGUAGUUUGGGCUUUAACAGCGAAAAUAAUAACUCAAAGACAUAAUGUCGAAGGGGACGCUCGCGGUCGAAUGCGACGGCUGGCGAGCGGCUGUAUAAAUGAUAAAUACAAAGAUUAAUCGAAGCAUACUCUCGUGAAGAUAUAUAAAUAUAUAAAUAUAUAUAUAUAUAAAUGAAAGAAUAUAUAUACAUAAAAGAAUAAAAGAUUAUUAUAAACAAAAUUCAACAACUAGUUAGUUAGAUAGGCAUGUUAUAUUAAAAGUUAUUCGAGGUCGAUUCGAUAUUCGGCGGCAAGGAGGAAGUGGAUCUUGUGUAUAUUCAAUAGCGCAGCAUUUUUACGGGGAUGAAUAUAAUCACGGACCCCUUUGUACAACUCGCCCGUCUCAACAAAAAAAAAACCACGGGAAUUACUACUGGAUCCACGUAUCUUAUCCCAUUUGCCACGGCGAAAAGACUUCGUAUCUCGAUCAAUAUACUUGUUUAUCGGUUUCGUGGCCAAACGAUAAUUCACACAUUGAAAUCUUUACAGGCAGUUUAGCAUCCAUUUUUAUCAUUCGAAUCUGUCUUUCGGACGCGACACUUAGACCUGUUGGAUACUUUUAUAAAAAACAGACAUGUACACACGCCAUUGGGAGGCAUUGGCGAAUUAGCACAAUUUCCAAACUGAGAAAGUGGCGAAACACGCAAAACCAAUCAGAUCACCGUGGUUUUUAAGUAAAACGUUAGAUUUUUAUAUAAGAUGACUAUGUACAACCAAAGGAAAUCGAGAUUUUGACGUUUAAGCAAUAAAGCGAUAAGCUUAGGAAGAAAAAAAAGCAGCCAUCGAUCCCUCCGUCUCUUUAUAAAUCAAUCUCGCUGCGUAAAACGAGAGAGUACACGAAUUCUUAACAACGAAAACAAAUAAUAAUUAAUAGAAUGGACAAGAUAGCUAGAGGAGACGGUGCGUGCACGUGUGUAUUUUAAAAUUGUUCGUGGGGAGCAGUAAAACGAUCACAAUAUCCUCGUUGUCCCGAAUUUCGACUUGACCAAAUUGAUACAAAAGAAAGACGAGACCGAAACUCGUAUAAAUCGCGAACACGUAAGCAAUUGCAUGAGUGCAAUCGUACAUAUGGGAGAGCGCUAGUGGGGGAGGGAAAGAAAGUAUGAAAGCGAAAAGAGAGAGAAAGAAUGAGAGGGAGAGAAAGGGAGCAUGAGAACAAGACCGAGCGACGAAUAAACUGCACAAGCACAAGCAAGGGACGAGGAGAAAGAGGGGUUAAAUAAUUCGUAGAUAGACAUAUUGCACAAACAGCACGAAAGUUAGAUUAGACGAGUUAAGUUUUUUUUUGUUCACGCGUGCCCUGUCCGCGCGGCAGCCGUUUUAGGAUCUUGAUCGUACAUAAUCUCAUCAUCGGCGUGCUGCUCUGCCCUUAAAACUAUCCCCGUUUGCUGGAAAAGGAUCGGUCGAAAGGGAUGGGACGCGAAAUGAUAGCACGACGAGGUGAUAGCACGAGCAGUUUCAAUACUUGAAAAGAUGGGAAGCGGCUGAAACUUAUUGCGACCGUUUCCGCGCUCGAUCAUUUGUAUUUCCAUCGUCCUGCUUCUUGCACUUCGUAUCUACUGUCCCUUCUUACCCCUUCGGUUUUAAGUACCACAACUCAUACUCGUCGUAUCGAUAAUAUCUUGUUCUCGCUUUUCCUUCGAAAAGCGUUUAUAUCGGAGCAACGAGUAGAACCGGGGCGAAUGUAGAAACUAGUGAAAUUAAAAACUUCAAGUCCUUAAUCGGCAAAGAGUCGUAAAAAAUAUAAUUUUGAUUCGAUAUUUCUUUCUUUUUAAAAUCUCUAAAAUAUCAAUUUUUUUAAAAUAUAUAUUGUAUAAAAUUUUUACAAUUAAUCUUUCGCUGUGAGAGGCUUUAGAAAUUAUAAGCUUGAAACUCCACAAAAUUAUCUAUCUUGUAUAGAAUACAUUUGAAAUUCGAUAUUUGACUCAUGAGUCUUCAAUAUCACUGUUCCCGUUUAUAUUGAGAGGGGCUCACUAUUCAAAAACGUCGCCCUCUUUGUAAGGCGUGAUGAUUUCACCUCACUUUGUCUCUUUCGAAUGUCUCUCUCAUGACAUAUUCCGUGGAUACAUCUAUAAUUUUGCUCGCACGAACAGGUAAAGAGAACAAGAAAUAAAAAGAGGGAGGAGAAAGAGGUUCGGUUAGAUUAAGAGGCAUAGAGAGCACAUCGAUGAUGACUAAAAUAAAAACGAGAUAGGACGAGCGAUAGACGUUGGUAUUAAUCAAAAGAUAGACGGAUCGUGCUUUAAGUGAAUCAAAAGCGUGUUCGACGUUUCUCAAUCAAAAAGAUCAAUGAUCAAAGUACGGCACACACGAAUGAUCGAAAUGUAGCGAAGGAAGUGGAGUACGGCACAAUCAAAUCUGCCCAACAUCGCAUAGAGUUUAGAUGUUUUGUGAUGAAAGUAGAGACAGAAAGGGUGAGAAAAGAGAGAGAGAGAGAGAAAGAGAGAGAAUGUGUGUGUCUAUGUGCAUGUAUGUGCGUCUGUGCGUGUCUGUGUGUCUACCAACGAUCCGUCGCGAUUGUGUCAACCAGAUAAAAGAGUGAUUUUCCCGUGAGAGGAAAGCUCGACAAUAAAAAUCGUCACAUUUCAGCAUUUUCAAUCGCGAUGAAUGAUUCUGAUAUAGUAAUUUAUACGUAACCAAAAUUAAGAAUAACAGUGUUGCCGCUACAUUGGCUGCAUUUUUUUAUCGCCUUGCUCUUAUUUGAUUUGCAGCUUUACGAAGAAAUGUAAAAUUC